UUUGUGAUUGGGUUAUGUACAAUGGAGUUAAACAUUACAUCACACGUGCACAUUUAGCAAAUUUAGCUAUAACAAAAGCUGUGCUCACCAUGAACAUAUUUUGGGGGCCGAGUUAAAAUAACUGUUGCAAAUUAAAGGAGUCAAAACUUUCGUCAAACUUUUUUUGUCGUUGCUUAUCUACUGACUAUGCUCAUGUCGACGCAUUUCAGCCUAGGCCAUGGUCAUUUCAUGACAAUUUGAUUUUAGCCAACCAAUGGGCAUUUGGAUCACCACAAUACAAACAGGAGACCAUUGGUACAUGCAGGGCUCUAAAUUAACACCAGCCAACCAGCCAAAUGCUGGUGAACAUUCAGCUUGGCUGGUAGAAAAGAAAGCCUACUAGCCACUUUUAUCGAUGGCAAGUAUAUGUUUGGCUACUAUGCUUAAUGCCUACAGUACUAGCCAAAUUUGGCUAGUGAUGACAAAAAGUUAAUUUAUAGCCCUGGGUACAUGUACACCUAUGCAUUUCACCCUGUAUCAUUAUCAGCAUGUGACAGCUGGAUUUUUCUCUUUUAGCUAAACGAUGGGCAUUCGUAUCACCAGAAUACAACCAGGGGACCCCCAGGAACCACCACCUCCUUCCGUCUCUGUGGAAACGGGGGAGGCGGGGCCUGAUUUUGCUGCUCAGCCACGACGUGACCAAUCGGACCUGCGGCGUCCGUCCAUCUACAGCACCAUAGAUACGGCCCCCACACUGGGUUACUAUGCCAACGACACCAUGACGGGGCGGCUGCGGCACAGCAGGCCCUCCCUGGAGUUCCUCCGCAAGACCGGGGAGCCAGAUCAGGUGAUUGGCGACAAUGGCGUGAUGUCAGCUAACUGGGACCUUCCUCCAACUGGGAAACCAGCUGGAGAACCUGUGCGCUUUGGAUGGUUCAUGGGAGUCACAAUACGUGUGAUGCUUAAUAUCUGGGGAGUUAUUUUGUUCCUUCGUUUGACCUGGAUCACAUCACAAGCUGGCAUCAUCCUUACAUGGGUAAUCAUUCUCAUGUCUGUUGUAAUCACCACCAUCACUGCCAUGUCUGUCUCCGCCAUCUCCACCAAUGGAAAGGUUUACUCCGGCGGUGCCUACUUCAUGAUCUCUCGAACCCUGGGCCCAGAAAUGGGAGGUCCCAUUGGUGUGGUUUUCUCCUUUGCCAACGCCCUGGCCUGUGCCCUGAACACAGUUGGGUUUGCCGAAACUGUCCGGGACCUUCUUGUGGAAUACAAUGCUCAGAUGGUGGAUCCAACUAAUGAUGUGAGAAUAAUCGGUGUGCUGACCAUCACCCUUCUGCUCUUGAUAUCACUGGCUGGAAUGGAAUGGGAGUCAAAGGCCCAGGUGUUUUUCUUUGUGGUGCUUCUCAUCUCCUUUGUCAACUACUUUGUGGGGACUGUCAUUCCUGCCAGUGAGGAGAAGCAAGCCACUGGCUUCUUCAGCUACCGGAAGGAUAUAUUUGUGUCCAAUCUCCUGCCUGACUGGAGGGGGCCGGACUCUGGAUUCUUCCAGAUGUUCUCCAUCUUCUUCCCAGCAGCCACUGGUAUCCUCUCCGGAGUCAACAUCUGUGGAGACCUUAAGGACCCUGAAAGUGCUAUUCCUAAGGGGACACUUAUUGCCAUAUUCUGGACCACGGUGACCUACCUAGGGGUGGCCAUCACUGCAGGUGCCUCUGUAGUGAGAGAUGCUUCUGGGAACUUGAACAACAGUGUGCCUGUAAACACCACCGGGGUGUGUGAUGGACUGGGCUGUCAGUAUGGAUGGGACUUUGACACAUGUGAACAGAACCACACCUGCAGUUUUGGACUGGCCAAUGAUUUCCAGGUGAUUCGGAUGGCAUCUGGGUACGGUCACUUGAUCACUGCGGGCAUUUUUGCAGCCAGCUUAUCUUCUGCACUCGGCUUCCUGGUGUCUGCUCCAAAGGUGUUCCAGUGUCUCUGCAAUGAUAAUAUCUACCCCUACAUUGGAUUCUUUGGGAAAGGCUAUGGGAAAAAUAAUGAGCCUUUACGAGCCUACCUCCUCACCUUCAUAAUUGCAAUAGCCUUCAUUCUAAUCGCUGAUUUGAAUGUCAUAGCCCCUCUCAUCUCCAACUUCUUCCUCUGCUCCUACGCUCUCAUCAACUUCAGUUGUUUCCAUGCUACCGUCACCAACUCUCCAGGUUGGAGGCCAUCCUACAAGUACUACAGCCCCUGGGCAUCGCUGUUUGGUGCGGCAAUCUCUGUGAUCCUGAUGUUCCUGUUCACCUGGUGGGCAGCGCUCGUCACCAUCGGCAUCAUCCUCUUCCUCCUGGGCUAUGUCAUCUACAAGAAGCCUCAGGUGAACUGGGGUUCCUCUGUCCAGGCGAGUACCUACAACAUGGCUCUGUCCUACUCAGUGUCUCUAUCUGGAGUGGAAGACCACGUCAAGAACUACAGGCCCCAGUGCCUGGUUCUCACCGGGCCACCAAACCUUCGUCCAGCACUGGUGGACUUUGUGGGCUCCUUCACCAAGAAUGUCUGUCUUAUGAUCUGCGGAAACAUCGUCAUGGAGGAGGAGAACUCUGAUGGCCCACAGCACUCUACAGACAGCCUGAUAAAGUGGCUGAACAAGAGGAAGGUGCGCUCCUUCUACACCCGCUUCACUGCACACAGCCUGAGGGAGGGAGCAUGCAACUUACUGCAGAGUACAGGCCUGGGCAAGAUGAAACCUAACAUCCUGGUGAUGGGAUUCAAAGCUAACUGGAGAGAGAGCUCCCCCAGGUGUCUGGUGGACUACAUUAACGUGAUAAAUGAUACAUUUGACUCCAACUAUGGCGUGUGCAUUCUGAGGAUGAUGGAUGGCUUAGACAUGUCGGAGGAGUUUGCAAUGGAGGAAGGUGAGGACCUGCACUCUUCUGUGAACCCAGCCUUUGAUGCUAGUGAGGCAGAACAGGAUGACGUUGAUAAAGAAUCAGAUCACGUAGGGGAGCCACCCGCUAACCAAGCGAGCACAGUCUUUCAAAAUAAACAGGGGAAGAAAUCUGUAGACAUAUACUGGAUCUCCGAUGACGGAGGUCUCACCUUGCUGAUCCCCUAUCUGCUGACCAGGAGAAAGCGCUGGCAUCACUGCAAGGUCAGAGUCUUCAUUAUGGGCCAACAGCAGACUAUGGAGGAGGAACGCAAUGAGAUGAUGUCACUGUUGAAGAAGUUUCGAUUGGAUAUUGCUGACGUAAUUGUUAUGACUGAAAGCAACAGGAACCCAUUGCCUAAAAACUGGAAGCGUUUUGAGGAGUCUGUUGCCCCCUUCAGGUUAAACCAAGAAGCACAUCCUGAUGUACCUCUGCAUGAGCUGCGCAGAGAGAGUCCAUGGAAAGUUUCAGACAAAGACUUGGAAGCCUUAAGGCCCAAGUCGGAAAAAAUGGUGUAUCUGAAUGAGGUCAUUCGCAAGAAUUCCAAGCAUGCCGCCUUAGUCAUUGUGAGCCUGCCUGUUUCCCAGAGUGACUGCCCCAGCUCCCUCUACAUGGCCUGGCUGGACGCCCUGACAUGUGGCCUGCACUGCCCAGCUCUGCUCAUACGAGGCAACCAGCAGAACGUGCUCACCUUCUACUGCCAGUGAUCUGGCCUGGGCCACAUAACAG